UGGCGGGAGCGUUGAAGGAGGAGGCUAGACUGGACACAUAAAACUAGCGUGACUGUCACAUACUUACUAUUCGAUUCGCAGUAAAAUGAGGUUUAGAGGGAAAAUCGUUGACAUUGGCUGUAUCCAACAUUUUACAAGAGUAAUAGGAACAUUGUCAAAGCUGAUAAAAACGUGUGUGUUGCGAAUAACAUCUGGAAACUGGUACUUCAUCUUGUCUGAGAGGGCUGUGAAUGGAGGAAUACAGAUUUGGAGUGAACUUCCUCAGGGACACUUUUUUGAUGAAUAUGCAAUGGAAGGUGUUUCCGAAGAAGAGAAUGAAAUUUUCUUGGAGCUUGCACCAGAGAACUUAAUGAAGGCUCUAAAGACAGCUCAGAGUGCCAAGUGGUUAAAGAUCAAGCUCACCAAGAAGCACACUCCAUGUCUUACGGUGGAGGUAGAUCUUCCUACACUGAGUGCCCACUCACGGACGGUAGUGCAUGACAUUCCGGUCACUGUUAUACCUCGCCGACUCUGGACAGACUUUGAGGAGCCUGAGCUGCCACACUUUGAUGUCAGUGUGGUGAUGCCACAGCUCAAACUGCUGAAAAAUGUAGUGGAGAAAAUGAAGAACCUCAGCAACUAUGUGGUGCUGUCAGCCAAUCAAAUGGGAGAGAUGAAGUUGAUGGUAGAGACAGAUAUGGUAUCAAUAAGUACCCACUUCAAGGACCUCAUCAACCCCACCAGCACAGACCCGAUGAUGAAUCCAUCACAGGAGGACCGCGAUCCCCAGAUGUUCUACAAGACAAGGAUUGACAUUCGCAAGUUAUCACAGUUUCUUGCCAGUCAACAAUUCAACCCCACUCGAGUCAUUUGUAAUGUUGUCAACAACAGGACAGUACACUUCCUACUCCUACAGGAUGACGUGUCCCUACAGUACUUUAUGCCUGUCAUAGCCUCCUGACACUUCUAUCUGACAAUUAGCUGAGUAAACUUCUCUAUGAAAUACUGUUCAUUCAAGCAAAGCUGCUAAUAUGGCACUGGAUCUGCAUAGGUGUCAACCUCUGAAACCUCCAGUGAGGGAGGUCUCCCUUAUUCCACAUUUCCAAUGAGGGGGAAAUUGCAUGAAAUACGACUGAAACUGCUUUGCUAUCAAAAUAACUCCAAAAAGCAUUCAAACACCUGUUAUGAUCAUUACACAUAUCCUGUAGUAAUUAGAUCAUUCAACCACAGGAUGUAGAUUUUUCGUUUGUGUUAGUUUGGACUUGAAUGAGGGAGUUUCCAGGGAGCUUUGUAAAGUUUGGUCAAAAUGAGGGAGUCUCCCUCCUAAUGAGGGAAGUUUGACAGCUACAGAUCUGUCUC